UACUGCUGCGCUGCUCCGCGAACGGCAGGAAAAGCGACAGCGUGAGAGGUUUGGUGUGCGGGCCGACCAAAUUCCUGAGGAGCAACCCCACGAGAUCCCGCAGUCUUCGGAUGGAGAUGAAAGCAGGCCUUGCGCAGCUCCUAAGACGAGGAGUGACAAAACUGGUUUUGCUUCUUGCGGCGCGAGGACGUCAACAUCCGCAGUGACUUCGACGACGGAAGUGGAGCCGCUUCCGUCCUUACCGAGCAGGUCUGCGGCUGUACAGAAAACAGGUGGUGCUGGGCCGGCUACGUCGUGCAAGACCUCAACACCGGCAGGAUUCUGCCGACCAGAGAAAGCGACUGUAGAGGCUUGUUCUGGUUCAUCAGGUUCUGCGAGUCGGUCCAGGUCCCAGAUGGUUAACACGGAGAAGCAGGAAAACGGUAACCCGAACAAAAAGCAAGUUGCGGCAACGUCAGAAGCUUUCUUGACAAGCAGCGUUGCAGCCUCUACAGCCACGACUUCUGGUACUGGUGCCAGAAAACCUUUCUGCAAUAGUCAGCCGCACUCGCGGACAGUCUCCGCCGCCCCGAGUCGAGCAGGUAGUCCUCAAUUCGGACCCAUCGCCGUCGCUCCAUUGAUACAGCAGACCACCCCCACCUUUUCGCCCCAAACAAGACCCGGACAUGACGACUCUGCCCCGACGCGAACUCUAUCCGGGUUGACUACCGCGUCCACCUCUUCUUCGAGUUGCAGUAGCGACAGCACGACCGCUCACCAUCCCAAAGAUCCGCCCCCGUCGAGAUGCGCUACUGUGCUAGCCGGUGCAUUGCCGACGAAUGGAAAUCUUGCUGUGGAAACGUAUUCCAGCCCAAGCACAAAUAACAGCACAUCGCACACUCAAGAAUGGCAGCCAAACAAGCGCGCACCUUUUUCCCCGAAGAAGUACGGUCAUGACUCCAAGGACAAUAUUCGCCGUGCGGGUAGAAGGGUUCCAGUGCCGUCCUCCGGUGGUGCUACCACGGGAAGUGGCACCGCAACUUCUGCUGCUGCUUGUCCUUCCAACAUCAAGAAGCCGACUAUCAUCGUUAAUUCCGACGGAGCGACAAGCUGCUCCAUUCUGCAGCACCUGCAAUUCUGCAGUUCCAGCGACGAAGAGGAGGAAGAUGAAGUCGAACGGGAGGCAGACCCGGAGUCGGAUCCAGUUGAAGCGCAACAGCCACCUCCUGCACCGUCGCAAAUAGAGCGGGAAACAAGAACUACUGCGAAUGUAGACAGCGCGAGUCGACGUGUUGCCCCAGCAAAGGCGAGGACCGGCACCCUGCCGUCCGACUCUUUUCUCGAGGAGCUUCCGCACUACUGGUAUGAGAUCGGCGAGGGCGGAAGGACGAUCUGGCGGCCCGCGCCACUGCACGCGAAUGGCGCGCCGAUACUAGAGUUCGGCCAGCACGCGACCCGCCCAUCACUGCUCCGUGAGAUCAUUCCAGAUUUCGAGCUCGUGUCCACCUCAAAUACGGAUGCAGGAGCUGGAGCAAAGAUGUUGAACAUUGUUCAUCAACAGGCUGAACAAGUAGAGCUCCACGAACAACCGCCACCUCAGCUGACCGAUCCGGUGGUGAACGUUCUAGAUGAAAAUGACGAUGACCGCGAGAUGAUAAACAACAACGACGGCCCGCUGCCGCGCCCGCCCAGCAGUCCCAGCGGCAGAGGAACCACCAGUAACGGAGAAGGAUGUGAGAUCGCAGCUGAUUCGUUGGGAGGUCCCGCGGCCGCCGAACCGGCGCCGCCGUCGUUUGCCGCCGUGGCAGCGAAAAAUCGUGCCGCAUACGGGCCGAAGCGGGGGCGCACGAAGAAGAAACCGAAGCAAAACAUGAUGGGGCCGCAGCAGAAGGACACGCUCCGCGCGAAUUUGGCCGAGAAGCAAUGCGAGGGAUUUCUAAAAAGCAUCAAGGCCAAGAAGGAGGCGGGCGAAAGCAUCGACGGCUUCAAGCUGGCCGAUGAGGUUCGCCGGAUCUGCGAGUCGGCAAGGCUGCGGCAGGAAACGGAGCGUCAGCUGAUCAAGCGCAUCCUGCCGAUGGCCAAAACCGUUUGCGCGCCCAGCCCGGCUUUGUUCGAGCUGGAAACGCGGGCGCGGCCAACCUCGCGCCGAGAGUCGGGGGACUGGACAAGUGCGAUCGUUGGCGGAGCUGCGACCACCAGCUUGAUGUCUUCCAGCAACACCGGGAAUCUCAUCAUGGUGCCACAGUGUGCUCUUACUACUUUGCAGCCUAGCAGUGGUCGAACCUCGGGAUCGCUGUCUCGCACCGGCAGCUCCGGCACCACCACGCUGCAGCAACAAUCACUGCUGGCUUCCCGGGCCGGAGCUCCUGUUCCAGCCACCGGACGCCGCACAGCAUCGACAUCGCUGUGCCCGACUUUGGCCCACGAAAACAACGCGCAGCAGCUGGCGCAGCUUCACGCCAGCUUAGACCAGCACCAACACGACGAGAAAGGACCAAUGGACCCGUUUAAGCUGCAGACCGCGUUGCAGAAGCUGGUGGAGCAAGACGAAAUCUACUGGCGGUCCUGGGGGCGUGACUUGGACGAACACGAUCGGAAACACGAGACAGUGCCUGGCCACGAAAGACCGGGAACGGAGAGGACAACCAGCUGGCCCCGAAAUAACUGGAUGAGCGACGAACAAGAAGAUGAAAAAGGCACUGGUAAUCGAGGACUUGAAGCUACCGAGGAGCAAACAACCGCAGCACCAGCGGCGCAAGGAGAAGGACCCGAGGAAGUACUCCAAUGCUCCGAGGUCGCAGGCAAGGCAGAUGACGAGGAGGACGACCAAGAGCAAAACCUUCCUCAAACCAGGAAGGACAACGACGACGGUACUAGGGCGCUUUGUAGAGAAGUGCCAGAGCUGCAGCGGGUCGAUGCGCUCCAAUCUGCCACUACCAUUGCAGAAGCACGUGCUGCGAGAGCGGGGUCAGACAUCGAGGCAGAGGUAGAGAUCAUAGGAAAUUUAGCUCAGCCUGUAGUUUGCGAUCUGGUACGGGAAGGAGCUCAGCUUGAUGAAGCUGAAGAAGGCGUAAAAGAAGGCAGCCUACAGCCGAAGCAAGACUACGCAAGAACCCCGUCGCGACAGGAGGCUGGGCCGAAACUACCCGGGAAGACGAAGAGUGUCAUGGGGGGCCUCCUAGCGGAGCGUCUGGUUCUUAGCUCCCUGCAGCCCGGCAACGAGCAGGCGGAUCGAGCACUAGAGGCUCAAAAACGUGAGCACGACGAAAUGACAGCGAACAACGAAGAGAUCACGUUGUUCUUUGAAACGGAAGAAAGUCUAGCUUCGAAGACGAGCAGCGUACGGAGCAACGCGAGCGCCAUCGUGGAAGAGCAACCGGAAGCCUCACCUAUUGUCACUGGAAGUCUGGCCGUUGUUGACUACACGGAUUCAAGUGCUGUUUCGAACGCGGCGGCGGACGUACGUCAAAGUGAAGCUGGGAAGAAGAAGAAAAGUGCCACUUCUACUCCUACUGUUCGGGAACAAGAUGCAGCCGUUCUUGACGCACCCAAACGAACGACCGCGCUGUCUCGGGGGAAAGCCAAAGUGAAAAACCAAAGCGAGGCCCCCGAGACGGGAGCAAUUUCAAAAAGCGCGCAAGACCGACAACUUUCCCCAGACGCAACCGUGCUCGCCGUGGCGCAGCAACAGCUGGAAAAAAUGGACCAGUCCCUACGACUAUUUGAUGACCUGCCCACAAAGCGCGGACGAGAACCAGCUUCGUCGCAUGUUGGUCAUGAAGCAGAUGGCUCGCUAUUGAGCAUGGGUCGUCAAGCAGGUAGUAGAAGCCCAACACCUACAGGAGUUGCAGGGACAACUACAUCAACAACAUCGGCAGCAUCAAAUACAGCAAAUGGCCAGGUGCAGGAAUCUACCGCAUCUUCACCUACAUCAACAACGAUGAGCCAUGUUCCGGGAGCUGCUCCUACUGCUUCUACUACGGCAGCUUCGCAACAACCACCAGCUGCAACGAGCAGUCCAGAUGACGGCCAGAUUGCUUCGGAGCAACUAGAGAAAUUUCCUGAAGCUGAACCAGAAGAAGACGAGGAGUCCGAGGUAGAUUCAGAGACGGACAUGAGCGAUUGCUCCGAGGACGACUCCUACCCGAUGCAUCGGCUGCGGCUUCCGGACUGGAUGGAGCGGGCCGCGUGGACCCUGGACCUGCGCGUGCCCUCGCUGCCGGGCACGCAACCCGGGUCGCCGAACCCGGACGCGAAGACGUCGCCACAAGUGUGGGGUCUGCAGCCGAACCUGUUCCAGGAGCUGAACGCCAGCCCAGCACUUACCUUCUCCUCCUCGUGUUCCACGUCUCCGCGACACAGCGGUUUUGCACAGGAACCGGCAGGAGCGGCCGGAAGCCUGACCGGACCUCCAGGGCCCCAUUCUGGGAAUGCGAAGUCACCACUGGCUCCGCCUCGCGGCUUUCGCGUGUCUUCCUUCACCAGCGACAUCACGGCGUACAGCAGCGACGACGAAGAGUUUCCGUCUCUAGCCAGUGCAAAGGACAAAGACGUGAAAACGCAGCACCACAGUAGAACGAAUGCUGCCGGUGGAACUACUACAACAAGUGGCGCACCAGCCUCUACAGGCACGUCUGCGACGUCGAGCAGAGGAUCGAAUAACUCGUCUGCAGGCCCUGCUUCCUCCGGUCCCAAGGAGAAAAUGCGGAUCAGCUUGACGUCGCCCAACGCAAAUGCGGCUGCGGCGAACACCUUUUUGCAACUCCUACCCCAGGCGGGUCGCACGUCGUCCGCAUCGACGGCUGCAAACCGGCACCGGGCCUCCUCCUCCAGCACGGCGGGCACCGCCACGCCCAUUCUGGGUCCAUCCGCGCAUCAGCAAGGGGCAAUGUCAAAGCAGUGCUCUCCCCGCCCCUCCGUUGGUCCAGCUGGGCUGCCUAGUAGCGCGACGUCAAGCCGCAAAAACAGCGCCACAGUGGACGUCGUCCUCAACAUGGGCCUGGGCUUGGGCGAAAUCGGCCGCGGAAUUCUAAAAAAUCCGCAUCACGUCGGGACAGGCGCCGCUCCUUGUUCGGCGUCCCUUGACCCUGCGACCACAGCGGUACAACUUGGGGGCACAGGUAAGAAUUUCUCCGGUGUCCUCGCAUGUGCUAGUGCUCCUCCUGCUGCUUCGUCUUCCUCCCGGAGUGCCCCGGUACAUCCGGUACAACGUCAAGCUGCACCUAGUACUGGAUGCGGAAAAAAUGGUUCGACAGGUGCAACAUCAACAAGGGGCGCAUCGGCAUACAGCUCCAGCACUGACGCACUGCCUGCUUGCGGGAACCAUACCAAUGAUAAUGGCCCACAUACCACGCCAGCAAAUAAGCUUCUAUGGGGAAACAAGGCACAGUCAGGAACUGCAGGGGUCACUACAGCAGCUGGAACUAAUUCUGCGACCCGCUCCACUAGCAACAGUAGCUCAACACAACUCUCCGCCGCGUGUUCGACACCUCCUCCUCCACUCUCGCAACCGACCACACUCAACACUUCGUCCCGCGGACGGGCAGGAGCGAGCGCAACUUCUCUCAAUGCCACUGGUGCCCCCGCAUUGAACGCCUCAGCGACCACAUUGAGCAGCACCAGCAGCAACCCGAGCUCCGGCAACACCAGCCCCCGAAGUGUGACGCGUGCGAGUUCCCGCGCAAGUUCGGUAGACAGCACGGCCUCCAUCUCCGAAGGAGGAACGACCGGAGCCCGCCCUUCGGGAAGUCGCGGAAAGCUGCUUCCGUGGGGGCGCUUGCACUUGCGAAAGGAGCGCACGCAAUCAGACUGCAGCACCGCAGAAACGGACGACUCUUUGAUUGCAGCGGGGCCGGACGACUCGAACUCGUCGAGCAAAACCAUACCAUCGAGCAAUGCGGACGAACAGACGACGAAUGCGAACCAGUUGAGGUUUACAGGUUCAGGCACAUCGUCUUCUGGCACUACCUCGCGCUCGGCCCGUUCUUCGGGAGGCAAAGGAGUGGGAGGGCCAGCAGCCACCUCGUUAUCCUCAUCGUCCUCAACCUCAAGUGCUUCAGCUGGACCCGGUGAAGCAGCUGCAGCCGCUACGAAAUCCACGGGAGGUGCUGGGGCGGCGUGGUCGUCAACAACGCCGGCGCACCAUUCGGGAACUAACACCACGGAGCCAGCCAUUGGUAUUGGCAAGCAAGAACCACCGCCAGCGCCGCUUACCUGGGCGCAGCGCAUGUUGAUUAACAAGACCGCGGGAGCUUCUACUACGACCAAGACCACCUCUAUUGCUUCUUCAUCAUCUGCUAGCCAUGCCCGACCGACGCAUACAGGCAAGUCAGGACCACCAGCGUGCGCUCUGGCGCCCGGAGCGGCUUCCGCAAGCCAUCCGGUUUCGACGCCCCCGGCAAUGUCGGGCUCCUCGUCUUCCAUUCCAAAGGCGUCUACUGCCUCGCGACCACCACCUGCGCCGAUAAUCGAGAGCAUUUCGGCUGUCGGAGUUGGCACGCUACCUACCACACCGUCGGCCGCCCCAGCAGCUUCAAGCGCUGUACCUACCGAUGGGACUCGUUGUGUGCAGCAAGGCGUGCCCUCCGCCGUGAUUGACGCAGGCGCGGCCCGCACUGCAGUUUCGCUUUCGCCAGUGCUGUCUGCAAGCGGCCCGAAGCCACUUGCGCCGGUUGGAACUCCGGGGGCGCGUGUCGGGCACGGAAGUUCACGUGGUGUAGCCAGUGUCUCUGGGCAAUCACCUGCGCCACCUGGGACAAUGUCAUCGAUAAAAGGUUGCACCAGCAGUGGAAAUGGUUGUGUCGCUGAAAAACGAGGACCCGCUGCACUUGGAUUUUCGCCGCUGCCAUCGACGGCCACAGUCACGACCAGCAGCAAACCCGGCGUGCGCCCCGCGAGUCACUACGGAGCCCCAGACGCUGCAAAGCAGCAACGGUUUCUUCCGCCACAGCACCCGAGGAAACGCCGCAAGGUCUGCAUGCGUUUGCCGACGAUUCCCACCCGCGCCGAGCUGGACACGGUUCUCUGGAAGGCGCUCGAAAACGCGCGUCUCAACAGCCUGCGCACCACUGGUGCAGGGCCUGCGCUUGGUCUUGCAGCAGGAACCAGCAACGUGGCAGGUGGAGGCUCUGGAAAUCUUGCAGCGCCGACCGUUCACAACAGGGUGGGUGGGAAGAGCAGCGGCAGCGGUGCAGGGCAUGGUAGGGGGAUCCGUUUUUCUACAAAAACGGAGGUGCGCUUCCACGACGACGACUGGCCUCCGUACGACUCAUUUUGUUUCUCUUUCUCUUUGUUUCCUUAAAAUGCAUAUAGAAAAAAGCAACAGAUUCAGAUUAUUUUUGAGUUACCGGCAGGCACUAGAUGAAAUUUUUGAGUUUACCGGCAGUGCUAUUUCGUCCACCGUGAUGAUAUUUUGAUGUUUCAUCUUCCAGAUUGGUGCAGCUGCCUGUCAUGAUCCACCACUUCAUCAUUGACUAUGGCUCUUCAAUGUCAUCUACAAUCUUACAACGAACUACCUACAGGGACAAAUUUGUGCUCCAGACGGGCAUCGGGAGUAAAGAGUUUGAUGGACAAAGUCAACACCGUGCGCUACACAACUCCGAACCAAAGCGGGUCCUCGACCAGCGGGCAUUGUUUCAGCUGGCCAUCAGCAUGAGUGUCAAACGAAGCUGAUUUUUGGUCAUGCUCCUUCGUGGAACGACAACGAUGUGGAGGCCCGCACAAGCGAGAUGCAGCGGCUAGCUCAAGGCCGAGCCGCACGGUGGAGCUACGACUUGUCAUUUUUGGUAGAGUGUGCUACUUCUGAUGAAUAACCCAGACGAAUGAAUGUUGGCGUCCACUUCUUUUUUGCGAAAUCUUUUGCGCUCGACCCUGGUACAUCGUGAGUGCCCGACCCCCGACGAAAAACAGGAUGAAAAAAUAUGUGAGUGAUGAAGUAAAAACUCAAUCAAAGUUCUAGGUAGUUCUUCUCAAAAACAAAAGAUAAAGCUUUUAACCAUGACAAAUCGAAAUCGAAAACCAACGGAAGAAAAGUGAAAUAUUAGCGCUUCCUCAUCUACGACUUGAACUUACAGUUAUGUAUACAUCUUCGCACUUUUCUGCCUCUAUCCCUAUGAUCUCAGCAAACGACAAAAGACCUCGUAUUUCAGAAAAUGAAUCCGCUAUGUAUGCUGUCGACAAGAAGAGUAACUACCACGACGUGCAAAAAAUCAAGUGACGCACGAUCCAGUUGCCGCAGAUACUUAGCUUUCCCGCUCCGCGCGGGCGACGAAAGGUUCGGCUUGCAAAAACGGAAAAGUAUCUGUUCUGUGCAUGGAUUACCGAUGAAGUAACCAGCUGUCUUACCUACCUUGGAUAAUUUCUCUCGUCUUUAACUCGCAGUUGUAGUUCUUUCGUAAUUCUCAUCGUAAGAAAGUAUGCGAGCAAGUGAAUCGUAGAUGAAGUGAGGUGAUUCCGAUUCGAGUUCAAGUAAAACCAGUUGACCUGCUAGUCACUAUUUAUAAACCCGGUCGUGUGUAGUUGGUGUUGCUUUUUGAUUCUGCAGAACGUAUCUUUUCCUUUUUCGUUCUUCUGUCAAGUUGAUGACAAGGAUAGCAACGUAUCUCGAAAAACCAGAACUUUCUGUUGGUGGUUCUUGUCCAUCCGAGGCCUUCCGUUUCUUCAGGCACUAACUCGAUUGGCUGGCCAACACGGCUUGAACACAAGAAUCAGCAAAGGCGAGGGAAAAGAAACAGGCGGUAGCACAGAGUCGUGCUGCCAGUGUUGGGGGCUGUAGGCUGCUCAGGAAUAUGAGUCAUUGAUCAUGUGAGACGUGCAGCAGUCCAAGCUUUGUUAUGUUCUAUCUUCGCUUUUUGAUAUCUCA